AAAAUAGAAUUUACUUCUUCAAAUCCUUUGCGUUGUUUAAUUUUCUCAACUCUUGAAAGGUUUUGCUGCGGGAAAAAGAAGCGGGGGUGAAAAAUGGGUGCGGGAGAACCUAGUUUGGAAGAAUUGUUGGAGGAGAAGAAGCGGGUUAGAAACCCUCUUGUUCCUGUAGGUGCACUAAUUACGGCUGGAGUGCUCACUGCUGGGUUAAUCAGUUUUAGACAAGGCAAUUCUCGGUUGGGCCAGAUGCUAAUGAGAGCUAGGGUGGUAGUUCAGGGGGCUACAGUUGCUCUUAUGGUUGGCACUGCAUGCUACUACGGGGAGAAUCCUUGGAAAUCGAGUGAAAGUCGCUGAACUAUUCAGUUGCUUGUAGUUUAUUGGUUGCGACCGUUACGUUGUUUUUAUUUUACCAUGCAUAUUAUUUUUAUAGCCUUAUGCUUACUCAUAAGAAGUAAGAAUAUGUUUGAUGGAUUGAAAAUUUACC